GAGAGAGGCUUCAUCAUCAGUCCUUAAGGGAAUGGUAUAAACUGUAUGAAAUGGCAGAUGUCUCUAACAGAAUAUAUAUCGCAUAGCACUUGAAAGAAGCAGUCCUCUCUUCAAGAACCAUACAGUUGUAAAGAAGCCUUUUUUAAAAGCCAAACAAUGCAACUAAGAUCAACAAUUGUUGUGAUUGUACAUUUUCUUCAAGGCUUCAUUGUGGAUGGGCAGGCAAUAUGCAAAAGCUACUUGACUUCAGAAUGGCAAACACAGCCCACAGUGCACACAGUGAAGUGGUCCCUGACCCAAAACAUCUGUUCCAACUUCUACACAGACUGCUGGAAUACUGGUGCAGAUCUUGAAAGGAAUGCCAUAGAAAAGUUGAAUACUCUUCAGCUUUGUCCUCUUCAACUUCAGUUAGGAGACACACUCUUCAUUUCGUCUGAGCCAUCUUUUCAAUCACAUGGAAUGAACCUGGCUAAUGUUUCCAUGGAAGACUUUAUUAGCUGCCCUAAAAAAGAUGUCCCUCAAAAACAACUAAUUUUUGGUUGCAGAUUAAGUGGGAUGCACCAAAUUGACCCACAGUGGCUUGGAACUGGAACACAUUACUUUGCGGAAGUCCCAAACCAAGGCCCACAUUUAUGUCAUUUAGGGCUUAGACUGAAUGUGACAGUGAAACCCAACCUUUGCCAGCAGUCGCCAAGUGCACCGUCUUGCUCUGGACGUGGCAAAUGUCUAAGUCAUGUCUGGGAUGAAGCAUAUAGCUGCCGCUGUAACCAGCCAUAUUCAGGACAAUUCUGCCAAGAAUUUGAUGAGUGUUUCAGUAAACCUUGUUACAAUAAUGCCACCUGCAUUGGCAAAGGAAAAAAAGGGGAUCAUGGUGGAGAUGCCUAUGAAUGCAUAUGCCCUCCAUUGUUUGUAGGCAAGAACUGUUCAGAGAUAAUCGGACAAUGCCAGCCACAUAGUUGCCUCAAUGGCAAUUGCAGUAAUGUUACUCCAAAUACUUACAGGUGUCAGUGUGGAAGAGACUCUGCAGGUCCAUUUUGUGAAGACAGAACUGAGCCUUGUAAUUCCCAGCCAUGCCAGAACAAAGGGGUAUGCCAUAAUAAUCCUUCUGGAUACAUUUGUGAUUGUCCUGCUGGAUUCCUAGGUCAUGACUGUCAAAUGGAUGUCAAUGAAUGCUUAUCAAGACCAUGUCGAAAUGGAGGCACAUGCACUGAUAUGGCAAAUGAUGUUGUAUGUGCCUGUCUGCCAACAUUCAUGGGAAAAUUCUGUGAAAAAAAUCGAACAACCUGUGAGCCAUCCCCCUGUCUAAAUAAUGGCACCUGCGUAGUUGAAUUGAAAGGCUAUCGUUGCAGCUGCGUGCCAGGAUACACUGGAAAGAACUGUGAAGAAGUAACUGACUACUGCAGGCUGCUCAGCAUCAACUGUCUGAAUGAAGGAUUAUGUCUCAAUAUAAUUGGAGGAUUCCGUUGCCUCUGUGCUCCAGGAUGGACAGGAGAAUUUUGCCAAUUUGUAGAAAAUGCUUGUUUAAUUUACUCUGACCAUUGUCAAAGUGAAUCUACUUGUGUUGAUGUGAGUCAGUCAAAGCUCAAACCACAAAUUGAAUGUGAAUGCCCACUUGGUUUCACAGGGUUGUUUUGUGAGACAGAAGUCGAUCAAUGUGAUUCUAAUCCAUGCAAACAUGGAGGAUUAUGCAAUGACUUCAUCGGGCAUUUUAAGUGCAUCUGCCCUUUAGGAUUUGAAGGUCAAGAGUGUGAAGUUGAUAUUGAUGCAUGUUUACUUCACAAUAUAAGCUGCAGCCCUGGAGCUCAGUGUGUGGACAAACCAUACCAACUUGCUUAUAUGUGUGGGACAGCAUGCCAGGAAAAUGAAAUGUUGUGUGCGAAUGGAGGAAGAUGCUUCCAAGAUGAAGAAAACCAGGGUUAUCAGUGUGUCUGUGCUCCUGGAUGGACUGGAACUACAUGCCUGGAAAAUAUUAAUGACUGUGAAGUGAAUUGGUGUGAGAAUGGCAGCACUUGUGAAGAUGGAAUCAAUGAAUACAGAUGUGUGUGUCCUCCAGGUUAUUCUGGUACAUUAUGUGAACUCGGCUUAGACCCUUGCAUUCAAAACCGAUGUUCAGACUAUGGCUUUUGUCGGGCCCAUUUGAAUAAUUAUACCUGCCACUGCAUGCUUGGCUAUGAAGGACCAUUCUGUGAAGUGGAAGCUAAUGAAUGCUCAAGUUCACCCUGCAAAAAUGGGGCCACCUGUUUGGAUUUAAUUGGCCACUUCUCAUGUCAGUGUGUCGCAGGCUUCAAAGGGUUACUUGAAGUAGGAAGAUGA